AUGAAUGAAAGACAGCUUAGUUGUACCAUAAAACCGCCGGUUACUCUGACCAUAGACAGUAAAUCGACAAACAGUGGCUGCAAGAUAAUUGAUGUGAUUUUCCCAACCGAGAUUGGAGAAGUGCGCUUCAAAAACUACUAUGUUGCAUUUAUAACACUGAAGGCCAAAGUAAAAAUGACACAACAGAAUACUCAAGAAAAAUCCACUGACCUCAGCUGGAGAGUAGCAAUAAACAAUUUCAGAUUGAUGCCAGAUGCUCACACGGAGACUGGAGCUCAGGAUAGUUUCUCUUUUACUAAGAAACAGUUCCAGUGUGACAUGAAUAAUGUGAUAUCACUGAGAAUCAUCCUUCACCAGCCAUCUCCACAAUGGAAGGAGUUUAAAGUGGAAGAUCUAAAGCUGUUUAGACCAUCUAGUGGAACACAGCUUUCAUCUUUACCAGCCUGUCUGUUGGAAAAUGUCACUGACAAAUCUGAAAAGAAAGAGAUGCACGGUGUCCCAGACUUGAAUGCACUUUCAUCUGGCCUGCAACAGUUGUGGGCCUUGGGAGAGGAAGCGGCAGCCAGUCAAACACAACAAUCCAUGGGGAGAUAUGAUGUUGAUGGCUGUUAUGACAUUAAUUUAUUGUCCUACACAUAA